GUCUUCCACAAUGAAGGUUGGUCUACACUGAUGAGAACCGUCCACAGCGUCAUCAAGAGGACACCGAGAAGAUACUGGCUGAGAUCGUCAUGAUAGAUGACUUCAGCAACAAAGUUCAUCUUAAGGAGCGUUUGGAGGAGUACAUCAAGCAAUGGAACGGUCUGGUGAAACUCUUCAGAAAUGACAAGAGGGAAGGUCUCAUCCAGGCCAGAAGUAUUGGAGCCAAGAAGGCCACUAAAGGACAGGUGCUGAUCUACCUGGAUGCCCAUUGUGAGGUUGGAAUCAACUGGUACGCUCCACUCGUUGCUCCUAUUUCCAAAGACAGGUACAGAAAUGGCUUCAUACACACAUUAAUGGUUGCUGUCAAUGAGGCAUUAUUUAUACUGGUUUGCAGAAUGUCGUACAUGUACAGGUGGUUGGAUGUGCCAUGGGGAGAUGGAGAUAUGGAACUAUUUCUGUGUCUUUCGGCUGUGUCUGUCACCUGUCCAGGGUCCUGGGCAGAUCGCUCACCUCUCCAUGAAGCAGCCUCUCAGGGUCGCCUACUUGUUCUGCGGACUCUGCUGGCCCAGGGGCACCACGCUAACAUUGUCACCAUUGACCAGGUCACCCCCCUCCACGAGGCGUGCCUGUCAGGCCACCCUGCCUGUGUCAGGGCAUUAAUACAUGCUGGAGCUAAUGUGAAUGCUACCACCAUCGAUGGCGUCACUCCGCUGUACAACUGUUGUGCAUCCGGUGUUGGCUGCAUGGAACUGUUGCUGCAGAACGGAGCAAAUACUCACAUGCCACACGCACACUUCCCUUCAGCUCUGCAUGAAGCUUGCAAGAGAGGUAAUAGCCACUGUGUGGAGACUCUGUUGUCUCAUGGAGCAGAUCCAGACUAUGAUCAUCCCCUGGGCUCACCUCUUUACGUGAGCUGCUUGCACCAGCAAACCGCCUGUUCCCGAGUUCUGUUACACAGAGGAGCGAGGGUUAACGUGGGCCGAGGCGGUGACAGUCCUCUCCAUGCGGCUGUUAGACUGGACAGUGCUGAUCAGGUCUUAGUAUUAUUGGACUAUGGAGCUGAUUUCAACCUCAGAGAUGGCAACAACCAGCGACCUGUUGAUGUAGCACCCUCUGGUGGAAAGACACAACAACUGCUCCUUGCAUAUGAAGUUUGUCCGAGGAGCCUCUGUCAGUUGUGUCGUUUCCAGAUUAGGAAUCUGAUUGGUCGGACUCGGCUGAAGCUCCUUCCCCUCCUCCCUCUCCCUUCUUUGCUUACCCAGUAUCUGGAGCACACGUAGGACGACGUGCCACCAGCAUGAAAACGAAACGCUCCUAUGUUACUCACAGUUUCUUUAAAAGACAAAUGUGCUGUUUUUGAGGUUUUGAUGGAAUGACCGACCGAUUUGCAUUGGUUUACACGUUGGUGACAUUUGUGCAUUUGGGGUAUCUGCUAAAUCUGCAAUAUGGAGCAGAUGUAGAUCAAACUUAGUGUAUUCAUUGAGAGUGCCAGUUUAUGAGUUAUUGAGGCACUUUUCUUUUUUUUUGGUGUACAAAAUGUACACCAAAUGGGCUUUUCAAUA